GCCGAGGGGGCCGCGGGGCGGUGGGACGCUGACCCCGCCCCCUGCUGCUGCCUGUCUGCGCCGGGCCGCCGCGGAGCCCGGAGCCCGGAACAUGGCGACCACGACGCGCAGCUUCGGGCCCGAGCGGGAGGCCGAGCCGGCCAAGGAGGCGCGCGUCGUGGGCUCUGAGCUCGUGGACACGUACACGGUUUACAUCAUUCAGGUCACUGAUGGCAACCAUGAGUGGACAGUCAAGCACCGCUACAGCGACUUCCAUGACCUCCAUGAAAAGCUUGUUGCAGAAAAGAAGAUUGAUAAAAACCUGCUUCCACCCAAAAAGAUAAUUGGGAAAAACUCAAGAAGUUUGGUGGAAAAGAGGGAGAAGGAUUUGGAGGUCUACCUCCAGACGCUCCUGGCCGCCUUCCCCGGCGUGGCCCCCAGAGUGCUGGCUCACUUCUUGCAUUUUCAGUUCUACGAGAUAAAUGGCAUCACUGCCGCACUGGCUGAGGAGCUCUUUGAAAAAGGAGAACAGCUCCUGGGGGCCGGCGAGGUCUUUGCCAUCAGGCCCCUGCAGCUCUAUGCGGUCACUGAGCAGCUGCAGCUGGGAAAGCCCACGUGUGCCAGUGGGGACGCCAAGACUGAUCUCGGGCACAUCCUGGACUUCACCUGUCGCCUUAAGUACCUUAAGGUUUCUGGCACAGAAGGACCUUUUGGGACCAGCAACAUUCAGGAGCAGCUCCUGCCUUUUGAUCUGUCAAUAUUCAAGUCUCUUCAUCAGGUGGAGAUAAGCCACUGUGAUGCCAAGCACAUCCGGGGACUGGUCGCCUCGAAGCCCACCUUAGGCACGAUGAGUGUGCGCUUCUCAGCAACCUCGAUGAAGGAAGUCCUCGUUCCCGAAGCCUCGGAAUUUGAUGAGUGGGAGCCAGAAGGCACAGCCCUGGAAGGCCCUGUGACUGCCAUCAUCCCCACAUGGCAAGCACUGACCACUCUAGACCUGAGCCACAACAGCAUCUCCAAGAUUGACGAGUCUGUGAAACUGAUUCCAAAGCUUGAGUUCCUGGACCUGAGUCACAAUGGAGUGCUAGUUGUGGACAACCUGCAGCACCUGUACAACCUCGUGCACCUGGACCUGUCCUACAACAAGCUGUCCUCCUUGGAAGGGGUUCACACCAAACUGGGGAACAUCAAGACUCUGAACCUGGCUGGCAACCUGCUCGAGAGUCUGAGUGGCCUGCACAAGCUCUACUCCUUGGUCAACCUGGACCUCAGCAACAACAGAAUCGAACAGAUGGAGGAGGUCCGGAGCAUAGGCAGCCUCCCAUGUCUGGAGCAUGUGGCUCUGCUGAACAACCCCCUGAGCAUCAUCCCCGACUACCGGACCAAGGUGCUGGCCCAAUUUGGAGAGAGGGCCUCUGAGGUCUGUCUGGACAACUCAGUGACCACAGAGAAGGAGCUGGACACGGUGGAAGUGCUGAAAGCAAUUCAGAAAGCCAAGGAGGUCAAGUCCAAACUGGGCCAGCCUGAGAAGAAGGUUGGCGAGGAUUGCCAGCUCUCCACUGCCCCCUGUGUCAGACCCAGCAGCUCCCCUCCUACCGUGGCUCCCACCUCCGCCUCCCUGCCCCAGCCCAUCCUCUCCAACCAAGGAAUCAUGUUUGUGCAAGAGGAGGCCCUGGCCAGCAGCCUCUCAUCCACCGACAGUCUUACUCCCGAGGACCGGCCCAUUGCUCGGGGAUGCUCUGAUUCCUUGGAGUCCAUCCCUGCAGGACAGUGUGGGACACUGUGUGACUGUGGCACCUUCUCGGCUGCUGCUAAGGGUUCCAGAGCUCCUCCGUGUGUCCUGGGAAGAGAGGGAGGCAAGUGUGGUGCACCUUCUGAUGAUUUAAGGGACAUACCUGGAGCUGUUGGCGGUGCGAGCUCAGAGCACUCGGAGCCGGAGGUCCAGGUGGUGCCUGGGUCUGGCCAAAUCAUCUUCCUGCCCUUCACCUGCAUUGGCUACACAGCCACCAACCAGGACUUCAUCCAGCGCCUCAGCACACUCAUCCGGCAGGCCAUCGAGCGGCAGCUGCCCGCCUGGAUAGAGGCAGCCAACCAGCGGGAGGAGGGCCAGGGCGAGGAUGACGACGACGAGGACGUGGCUGAGAACCGCUACUUUGAAAUGGGGCCUCCAGAUGUGGAGGAAGAGGAGGCAGGAGGCCGGGGAGAGGAAGAGGAGGAGGAAGAAGAGGAGGAAGAUGGUGAGGAGGAGCGCCUGGCCCUGGAGUGGGCCCUGGGUGCAGACGAGGACUUCUUGCUGGAGCACAUCCGCAUCCUCAAGGUGCUCUGGUGCUUCCUGAUCCACGUGCAGGGCAGCAUCCGCCAGUUUGCCGCCUGCCUCGUGCUCACUGACUUCGGCAUCGCUGUCUUCGAGAUCCCGCACCAGGAGUCGCGGGGCAGCAGCCAGCACAUCCUCUCUUCCCUGCGCUUCGUCUUCUGCUUCCCGCACGGCGACCUCACUGAGUUCGGCUUUCUCAUGCCAGAGCUCUGUCUGGUGCUCAAGGUGCGGCACAGUGAGAACACGCUCUUCAUCAUCUCGGACGCCGCCAACCUGCACGAGUUCCACGCCGACUUGCGCUCAUGCUUCGCCCCACAGCACAUGGCCAUGCUCUGCAGCCCCGUGCUCUAUGGCAGCCACACCAGCCUGCAGGAGUUCCUCCGCCAGCUGCUCACCUUCUACAAGGUGGCGGGCGGCUGCCAGGAGCGCAGCCAAGGAUGCUUCCCGGUCUACCUGGUCUACAGCGACAAGCGCAUGGUGCAGACGGCUGCCGGGGACUACUCGGGCAACAUCGAGUGGGCCAGCUGCACGCUCUGCUCUGCCGUGCGGCGCUCCUGCUGUGCACCCUCCGAGGCUGUCAAAUCCGCUGCCAUCCCCUACUGGCUGCUGCUCACGCCCCAGCACCUCAACGUCAUCAAGGCUGACUUCAACCCCAUGCCCAACCGUGGAACCCAUAACUGUCGCAACCGCAACAGCUUCAAGCUCAGUCGCGUGCCACUCUCCACUGUGCUGCUGGACCCGACGCGCAGCUGCACCCAGCCACGGGGUGCCUUCGCCGAUGGCCAUGUGCUGGAGCUGCUUGUGGGCUACCGCUUUGUCACCGCCAUCUUCGUGCUGCCCCAUGAGAAGUUCCACUUCCUGCGCAUCUACAACCAGCUGCGGGCCUCGCUGCAGGACCUGAAGACCGUGGUCAUCGCCAAGACCCCUGCGACUGGGGGCCAGUCCCAGCGGCCCCUCGUGGAUGGCCAACCUGCUGAGAACAGGGUCAGUGGUGACCAGAGUCCCCAGGAAGCCCCGGCAGAGGCUCCAGCGCCAGCACCAGCCCCAGAGGAGGCCCCAGCUCUGGCCCGGGCAAAGGCCUCAGCCCCAGAGGAGACCUCAGUGCCAGCCUUGGUUCCAGCAGAAGCCCCAACAGAGGCCUCAACCCCAGAGGAGACCCCAGCUCCAGCCUUAGUGGAGGCCCCGGCACCAGCUGAGGCCCCCGCCCAGUACCCAAGCGAGCACCUGAUCCAGUCCACCUCAGAGGAGAAUCAGAUCCCCUCACACCUGCCCGCCUGCGCGUCGCUCCGGCACAUUGCCAGCCUGCGGGGGAGUGCCAUCGUCGAGUUCUUCCACAGCAGCAUUGCAGAGGUGGAGAAUGAGGAGCUGAGGCACCUCAUGUGGUCCUCGGUGGUGUUCUACCAGACCCCGGGGCUGGAGGUGACCGCCUGCAUGCUGCUCUCCACCAAGGCCGUGUACUUCGUGCUGCACGACGGCCUCCGCCGCCACUUCUCUGAGCCACUGCAGGAUUUCUGGCAUCAGAAAAACACUGACUACAACAACAGUCCCUUCCACAUCUCCCAGUGCUUUGUUUUAAAACUCGGUGACCUACAGACAGUCAACGUUGGGCUUUUUGACCAGUAUUUCCGGCUGACGGGCUCCUCCCCGAUGCAGGUGGUGACGUGCUUGACUCGGGACAGCUACCUGACACACUGCUUCCUUCAGCACCUCAUGGCCGUGCUCUCCUCCCUGGAACGCACGCCCUCACCUGAGCCUGUGGACAAGGACUUCUACUCGGAGUUUGGGAACAAGACCACAGGGAAGAUGGAGAACUACGAGCUAGUCCACGCGAGCCGUGUCAAGUUCACCUACCCCAGUGAGGAGGAGGUCGGGGACCUGACGUUCACCGUGGCCCAGACGAUGGCGGACCCAGGGAAGGCACCAGCCCUCAGCAUCCUGCUGUAUGUGCAGGCCUUCCAGGUGGGCACACCGCCACCUGGGCGCUGCAGGGGCACCCUGCGCCCCAAAACGCUCCUGCUCACCAGCGCCGAGAUCUUCCUCCUGGACGAGGACUUUGUCCACUACCCGCUGCCCGAGUUUGCCAAAGAGCCGCCACAGAGGGACCGGUACCGGCUAGACGAUGGCCGCCGCGUCCGGGACUUGGACCGUGUGCUCAUGGGCUACCAGACCUACCCACAGGCUCUCACGCUUGUCUUUGACGAUGUGCAAGGCCACGACCUCAUGGGCAACGUCACCCUGGACCACUUCGGGGAGGUGCCAGAUAGCCUGGCCAGAGCCGGCCAGGGCCGCGAGGUCCAGUGGCAGGUGUUUGUCCCCAGCGCCGAGAGCCGAGAGAAGCUCAUCUCACUCUUGGCCCGCCAGUGGGAGGCCCUGUGCGGCCGGGAGCUGCCUGUUGAGCUCACUGGCUAGCCCAGGGCCCUUUGUGUCCCGCCUGGGCGUCCAUUCAGUGUGGGGAAGCAGGCUUUCUUUUUUUAAAAUGAUUUCUCCUCCUCUUGGUACCUUCAUUUGACUGUCCUCCCGUAGAAUGUGAACAUACGUGUUCAGUUGAUUCUUUCUCAUCCCGGGAGUGACAGUGCCGGCCCCUCCGGGGCCUCCUGUGCCAUCAGCCUCCCGUGGUGGAUCUGCUGCCUGCCCCUGGUGGUGCGUGACCAGGCACAGCAGUGUCAUAUCUGUUGUAGGACUGUUGUUAACACGGGUGUCGUGAGUCCUCUUUACUCCCUACACGUCUUUUUCUGAAAUGUCAAGUCCAGUCUUGUUGAUGUUGCUGUUGUCGUUGUUUGCUGCUAAUCACUGAGCUGGCAGCGAAGUGCACAUUGGAAGUUCCCACCCUCUGCAGUUUUCCACAGUGAAGGCUGCUUUCUCCUGGUCCAGACAAGCAGGAGAGCCCCGUGGGGGUGGGAGUCCCCAGGCCUUGGGGCUGAGGGAUGGGAGCAGGGGACCUGGAGCUGCCAGCAUUGAGUGUGGCUCCUGUUGCCUAUUUUCUCUAUUCCAAUAAAGUGAGCGUGACACUG